CAAAUAUUUGAGCUUUUGCGACUGGGAUAGCAUUUUGCCGCGAUGUCGUCAACGUUGGAACAAAUCCGCGUGCAUUUCGGCCACACCGACCUGUACAAGAUCCUCCACGUGAAGCAGUCGGCCACGGAGAGCGAGCUCAAGACGGCGUACCGGAAGCAGGCUCUAAAGCACCAUCCUGACAAGAACCUCGACAACGCCGACGCGACGGAGAAGUUCCAGUUGCUUUGCACCAUCCACGCCGUCUUGAGCAACGCAGACUCCCGAGCCCUGUACAACGAAACGGGCGAAAUUGACGCUGACACGUCCGCAGAUACCAAAUCGUUCAAUGACUGGGUGGAAUAUUGGCGCGCUCUAUUUCCUCCAUUGACAGAAAACGACAUCACGAGCUUCGAAGCCACCUACCGCGGGUCGGACGACGAAGCCAAAGAUCUGUUGCAAGCGUAUGAAAAGUACAAGGGCAAGUGGCAAAACAUCCUCGAUGUGGUCAUCCUCGCGCGGGACGAGGACGUGGAUCGCUUCGCCGACAUCAUCCAAGCCGCCAUCGACGACGGAUCCGUGCCGCUAUUUCCCGCGUUCAAGAAGAAACCCACCGUCGUGGUGAAGAAGCGCUCCCAGAAGAAGAUGGAUGCCGAGGCCAAGGCGGCCGACGACCUCAUGGCUCAGAUUCGGGGGCGGAAUGGCCCGUCGGCGGCCAUGGCCAAACGAAGUGCGAAUUUGGACUCGCUCGUGGCCAAACUGGAAGGCAAGUACGACGACAAGCCGACGAAAAAGCAGAAAGCGUCCAAAAGCAGCGAACCCAGCGAAGCCGACUUCCUCGCCGCUCAGCGCAGACUGCAAGCGAAACUGCGCAAGUAAACAUGCCGUGGAGACGGACGGUCGGGCGUCGAUAUAUGUACUUUUAGACGUAUAUGUAGACUUAUACAUUACACAUCUCAAUGGGUAUACUACCAGGUAAGUACUAGUAUGAUUCAAGGCAAUGCAACCAAUUGGGGGAUGCUGAAGGUGAUAGGACGUUGGUGUAUAUUGAGUGCACCAUGUGCAGUGUGUUAAAUAGAUGUAAUCGUCAUUCGCGCCGACCUGUCCACUUUGGCAGUCGAGGGAUGACGUGGUGCGUUGGGUCGUCGUGCGGGGACCUAUCCCACAGUCUACCGCGUGCCUUUCCAUCCCAUCAACGGAUGCUGAUGGUGAUUUGAUGACUGCGGUGGCAACGGCGGAGGCUGAGCAAACUCGCGACCGAUUGGUGUCGUCGUCGUCGGCUUGGUGGUCGUAGCGGGAGCAUGGUCCGUUGAGUUGUUGUUGCUGUUCACCAGCGCCAAGCCCAUGGCCGUCGAAAUGAGGACGGGCGGCACGACCUUCAAGACGAGCGAUUCUAGAGCCAUCGAUCGUAAGGGGGUAUUCAAAGUCGCGAAGUGCCAGUUUGGGUUUCAUGUUGAAGCCCUGCCACCAAAACAAAAAUGGAA